AUGGUUAAAGAAGGACACGGUGCAUUUCCUGUUCCUAAAGCCAAUGAUCCUCCACCUCCUGCAAAUAUAAAGAAGAUUGGGGCGUUGAAACGUUUUUCAAAUGAUGCCUAUGCAAAGUCUUUGCUAUACGAAGCAGCAAGAUUGGUCGCCCCAAUAAUACACGAGCAGAAAUUCAAAGUUGGAAAACUAUAUGAAAUGUAUCCCGAUAAGGCUGAACUACUUGGUCUCAAUGUCAAUCACGGACAAAAGAUAUACCUACGGUUAAGAGAACAUCACAAUGAUAGACUGUUUCUUCCGAUGGGCGAUAUAGUGGGGACAUUACUUCAUGAAUUAACACACAAUGUGUAUAGUGCUCAUGAUAAUAAGUUCUACAAGUUUUUGGACAAGCUAAAGUCGAGAUACGAUGACAUACAUUGUAGGGGAGCCAAAACAAAGUAUUUAUGCGAGGAAAACAAAGUGGGCAGAGGUGUGCUAUUGUCUGGUAGUUUAGUGUCGGUCAGAGAGCAGAGGCUCAAGCUAUUAAACAAACCCAAGUUUGCAAAUGAAACCAAAGUUUUAGGGCUGGAUUCUAAGAUUAAUAGACCUAUUGGUAGUUCUCCAAGGGAUCUUAGACAAGCCAUUCUAGAGGCCGCAGAACGUCGGUUGAGGGAUUCAAAAUGGUGUCAUAGUGAAAACGCCGAAACAGAAAGUGUUCCUAAAGAAGAUGAGUACGACAUAACCUAG